AUGAUCCAUUGGAAUCUGGUGGAAUGUGGAUCAUGGAGACAUAAUGGAUCAAUGGUCAUCAACGUGCCCUAUCGGGUGUAUGAUCCUUUGGGGUAUUUGGAGAAAACGAAAUGGAUGGAUGUACCAAAACAAAACACCAAGGCCAGUCUCCUUGAUGCAACGAGUUUGUUCCCUGCUCAAAAAAUACCACCAGAAGGAGAAUGUUUUUGUGGGGCAAAACAUCCGUCGCCAAACAACCUUGCAUGA